AUGGAAUACCAUGAUAACCAAACCGGCCCGCCUAGCCCCGCAAAAGGGCCUCAUGCUAUGAGCAUAGAAGAUCCCCCACCCCCAUCUUCCUAUCAGUAUCGAGGGAAGCCACGACUUGAGAGAUAUCUAGGUUUCCUACCUAUGCUAGCAUUUGCCGCAACCCUACAAGCAUCCUGGGAAUCCUUAGGAUCCAGUCUUCAAGCAGGGCUGUUGAAUGGCGGCCCGGUAGCAAUUGUUUAUGGCAUGCUACUGUCAUUUGCCGGCUCUCUGUGCUUAACUUUAUCUAUGGCAGAAAUGGCAUCGAUAAACCCUGUUGCCGCAUGGUGGGCCAAUGUCGCAGUUGGGCCAUACUUAGUUGGCACUGAGAUCCAGGGACUACUGGUGCAGAACUACCCUUCCUACAACCCGGAAGGAUGGCACGGAACUCUUCUAGUGUUUGCAGUCCUCUUCCUGCCCUUGCUGGUCAAUAUCUUCGCGCGCCGCCUCCUAGCACCAGUCGAAGUGUUAUCAGGUGUUAUUCACAUCCUAUCAUACCCGGCCAUCAUGGUCGUCAUGAUCGUUUUAGGGCAACGGCACACAAAUGAUUUUGUAUGGACUGAAUUCGUCACUGACCAGAGUGGAUGGCAUGACAAAGGGGUGAUCUAUUCAAUUGGAUUGCUAACAGCGGCAUUCACCCUAAGUAGUUUCGACGGUGUCAUUCACAUGUCAGAAGAAGUCAACGACGCACCUAGGGCCGUUCCCCGAUCAAUGGUCUGGGGCUUAUGCGUGAACGCCGUCCUUGCAUUCGGCUUCGCCAUAGCCCUACUAUACACUAUGGGCGACUUCCAGAAAGCCCUCGACUCACCUACAGGAUACCCCAUCAUUGAAAUAUUCUAUGCCCAGACCGGAUCAAAAGCAGCAUCCAGCGCAAUGAUGCUACCGAUCCUCCUCUCUGGCUGCUAUUCCUCCUUCAACGUCCUAGCGUCAGUCAGUCGACUCACAUGGGCGUUUGCGCGCGACGAGGGUUUCCCCUUCUCAUCGUUUUUCGCGCAUGUAUCACCUCGGUACAAGAUCCCCCUGCGAUCUCUUUUCCUAGUGACAACAAUUACCGUUUUGAUUGCCCUGAUCAACAUUGGUUCCUCGGCUGCGUUCAAUGCCGUCUUGUCUCUGGACACUCUCGCCCUUUACAUUUCCUAUCUGGUCCCUGUCCUUUUCAUGCUGAUCAAGCGGGUUCGCUUCUCGAGUGAGAUCCGUUAUGGUCCGUUUAACUUGGGAAGGUACGGCAUUCCGAUUAAUGCUUUCGCCAUGGCGUACGGUACUUAUAUUACGAUCUUCCUUCCCUGGCCUGAGACUCAGCCCGUCACGGCGAGCGGCAUGAAUUAUGGUGCUCCGGUGUUUGGUGUCGCUCUGUUAUUUGCGGUGAUUGACUGGUUUGUUCGAGGACAUAAGAAGUGGAAUGGGCCCACAGUUAUGGCGUCGCCAAAGUAG